AUGAAGAGGAGCAAAAAUUUAUCUUCUCUACUUUUCUUGUUUUUUAUUGCGUUUCUGUCAUUUCUUAUAGCUUCAGUUGAGGCAAGAAAAAAUCAUACCAAGAAGAGCAAACCACAUAAACAUCAUCAAGGAAAGGGUGCCACCAGUGGCAAUAACACUCAUAAUUCACAUUUGCCUGGCCCUGCUCCAGCCCCUCCUCAACCCCAACAGUCUACCGUUUUCCCCAUCUUGUCAUUUGGUGCCAAGGGUGAUGGAGUCUCCGAUGAUUCGAAGGCACUUGUAGCAGCAUGGGAAGCGGCCUGCAGGGUUAAAGGGGCAACUGUGGAAAUCCCUUCAGGAUUCAAGUUCCUCAUCCAGCCUAUAACUCUUGAUGGCAGCGGUUGUAUGCCUGACCUUGUUCUUCAGAUAGAUGGAACUCUCUUGGCUCCUUCAAAAGCAAGUACCUGGCCAGAAUCCAGUUUGUUCCAAUGGAUAAACUUCAAAUACGCUCGUAACUUCACCAUCCAGGGCACUGGCAUUGUUGAUGGCCAGGGCUCUGACUGGUGGAAUUCAUCUGCGCAUAAGAGGUCCGAGCACACUUCAGAUACGAAACCCACUGCUUUGAGAUUCUAUUGUAGCUCAGAUGUCACAGUUCGAAACAUCAAAAUCAUAAACAGCCCUCAGUGCCACUUAAAAUUUGACAGCUCUUCAUGGAUCAAAGUGAACAACAUUACCAUCACUUCACCAGAUUAUAGCCCAAAUACAGACGGCAUUCACUUGCAGAACACACAAAACGUGGAAAUUCACCAUUCUACUAUUGGCUGUGGAGAUGACUGUGUAUCCAUACAAACAGGAUGCUCUAACGUUCAUAUUCAUCAUAUUAAAUGUGGCCCUGGCCAUGGCAUAAGUCUAGGAGGACUCGGAAAAGCCGAAAGUCUAGCUUGUGUCUCAAACAUCAUCGUGAACAACAUUUUAUUUCAGAAUACUCAAUCAGGAGUUAGGAUCAAGACUUGGCCGGGAGGAAAAGGGUCCGUGAAGAAUGUAUCAUUCUCCAACAUCCAGGUUUCCAAUGUGGGGGUUCCUAUAGUGAUAGACCAAAACUAUUGUGACAACAUGAAGAAGCAUUUGUGCCAGAACCAAACUAGAGGAGCUGUGGCAAUCUCAGGUGUUAAAUACGAUAAUAUAAUUGGGAAUUAUUCAAAGGAGCCAAUUCGUCUAGCUUGUAGCAAUGACACUCCAUGCACAGAUGUGGAUCUUAUUGAUAUCCAGCUUAAACCUACAACCGGGGACCCGAGAUCACUUCGAUCCGAUUUGUGUCGAAACUCUUAUGGGAAGUCUAAAGCUCCCUUGCUUCCUUCAGUCAUAGACUACUGCUUGAGAAGGGAUGGGGGUCAAGUCAAGCAUAUAGCAAGGUCGCUUGAGAAGAUGUGUUAGAAAGAUUUAUUUGAUUUAGUGGCUUCUUUGAGCUUCCCUUCUACAAAAAUAUUUUCAAUUCUGUUUGAAGGUGAUGGAUGGUAUAAAAAGAUAUUUAAAAAUAUUUAUGCUUGCUGUGGUAUUGUAGUGUAAUUCAGUUCGUACUUUGUAUGAAAGAAAAAAUAAAAUAGUUUCUUUGUUCUGAGUAAAA